AUGGCUUCCCCGCGGAGCUCCGGGCAGCCCGGGCCGCCGCCGCCGCCGCCCGCGCGCCCGCUGCUGCGCCUGCUGCUGGCGCUGCUGCUCCCUCUGGCGCCCGGGGCCUGGGGCUGGGCGCGAGGGGCCCCCCGGCCGCCGCCCAGCAGCCCGCCGCUCUCCAUCCUGGGCCUCAUGCCGCUCACCAAGGAGGUGGCCAAGGGCAGCAUCGGGCGCGGCGUGCUCCCUGCGGUGGAGCUGGCCAUCGAGCAGAUCCGCAACGAGUCGCUCCUGCGCCCCUACUUCCUCGACCUGCGACUCUACGACACCGAGUGUGAUAAUGCGAAAGGGUUGAAAGCCUUCUACGAUGCAAUAAAAUAUGGGCCGAACCACUUGAUGGUGUUUGGAGGCGUCUGUCCAUCUGUUACGUCCAUCAUCGCAGAGUCCCUCCAAGGCUGGAAUCUGGUGCAGCUUUCCUUUGCCGCCACCACUCCUGUCCUAGCUGACAAGAAGAAAUACCCUUAUUUCUUUCGGACUGUCCCAUCAGACAAUGCGGUGAACCCAGCCAUCCUCAGGCUGCUAAAGCACUACCAGUGGAGGCGAGUGGGCACGCUGACUCAAGACGUGCAGAGGUUCUCCGAGGUGAGGAACGACCUGACUGGGGUUCUGUACGGUGAGGACAUUGAGAUUUCAGACACCGAGAGCUUCUCCAACGAUCCCUGCACCAGUGUCAAAAAGCUUAAGGGCAAUGACGUGAGGAUCAUCCUUGGCCAGUUUGACCAGAAUAUGGCAGCAAAAGUGUUCUGCUGUGCAUAUGAGGAGAACAUGUAUGGUAGCAAAUACCAAUGGAUCAUCCCAGGCUGGUACGAGCCUUCCUGGUGGGAGCAGGUGCACACAGAAGCCAACUCAUCCCGUUGUCUCCGGAAGAGUCUGCUUGCUGCCAUGGAGGGCUACAUUGGUGUGGACUUCGAGCCCCUGAGCUCCAAGCAGACCAAGACCAUUUCGGGAAAGACUCCACAGCAGUACGAGAGAGAAUACAACAACAAGAGGUCAGGCGUGGGGCCCAGCAAGUUCCAUGGAUAUGCCUAUGAUGGCAUCUGGGUCAUUGCCAAGACACUGCAGAGGGCCAUGGAGACGCUGCACGCCAGCAGCCGACACCAGCGGAUCCAGGACUUCAACUACACAGACCACACGCUGGGCAGGAUCAUCCUCAAUGCCAUGAAUGAGACCAACUUCUUCGGGGUCACGGGUCAAGUUGUAUUCCGGAACGGGGAGAGAAUGGGAACCAUUAAAUUUACUCAAUUUCAAGACAGCAGGGAGGUGAAGGUGGGAGAGUACAACGCUGUGGCCGACACGCUGGAGAUCAUCAACGACACUAUCCGGUUCCAAGGAUCUGAACCCCCAAAAGACAAGACCAUCAUCCUGGAGCAGCUCCGUAAGAUCUCCCUACCUCUCUACAGCAUCCUCUCUGCUCUCACCAUCCUGGGAAUGAUCAUGGCCAGUGCUUUUCUCUUCUUCAACAUCAAGAAUCGCAAUCAGAAGCUGAUCAAGAUGUCGAGUCCAUACAUGAACAACCUUAUCAUCCUUGGAGGAAUGCUCUCCUACGCAUCGAUAUUUCUCUUUGGCCUCGAUGGAUCCUUUGUCUCUGAAAAGACCUUUGAGACACUUUGCACUGUCAGGACCUGGAUCCUCACCGUGGGCUACACAACUGCCUUUGGGGCAAUGUUUGCAAAGACGUGGAGGGUCCAUGCCAUCUUCAAAAAUGUGAAAAUGAAGAAGAAGAUCAUCAAGGACCAGAAAUUGCUCGUGAUCGUUGGGGGCAUGCUGCUGAUUGACUUGUGCAUCCUGAUUUGCUGGCAAGCUGUGGACCCCCUGAGAAGGACAGUGGAGAGGUACAGCAUGGAGCCGGACCCAGCAGGCCGGGACAUCUCCAUCCGCCCUCUCCUGGAGCACUGUGAGAACACCCACAUGACCAUCUGGCUCGGCAUCGUCUACGCCUACAAGGGGCUUCUCAUGCUGUUUGGUUGUUUCUUAGCUUGGGAGACACGCAAUGUCAGCAUCCCUGCACUCAAUGACAGCAAAUACAUCGGGAUGAGCGUCUACAAUGUGGGCAUAAUGUGCAUCAUCGGGGCGGCUGUCUCCUUCCUGACCCGGGACCAGCCCAAUGUGCAGUUCUGCAUCGUGGCACUGGUCAUCAUCUUCUGCAGCACCAUCACACUCUGCCUGGUGUUUGUGCCAAAGCUCAUCACUCUAAGAACAAACCCAGAUGCAGCAACUCAGAACAGACGAUUCCAGUUCACUCAGAAUCAGAAGAAAGAAGAUUCUAAAACAUCCACCUCGGUCACCAGCGUGAACCAAGCAAGCACAUCCCGCCUGGAGGGCCUGCAGUCAGAAAACCAUCGCCUGCGUAUGAAGAUCACAGAGCUGGAUAAAGACUUGGAAGAGGUCACCAUGCAGCUGCAGGACACACCAGAAAAGACCACCUACAUUAAACAGAACCACUACCAAGAGCUCAACGACAUUCUCAACUUGGGGAACUUCACUGAGAGCACAGAUGGGGGAAAGGCCAUUUUAAAAAAUCACCUCGAUCAAAAUCCCCAGCUACAGUGGAACACAACAGAGCCCUCUCGAACAUGCAAAGACCCCAUAGAAGAUAUAAACUCCCCAGAACAUAUCCAGCGCCGGCUGUCCCUCCAGCUCCCCAUCCUCCAUCACGCCUACCUCCCGUCCAUUGGAGGCGUAGAUGCCAGCUGCGUCAGCCCCUGUGUCAGCCCCACUGCCAGCCCCCGUCACAGACAUGUGCCACCCUCCUUCCGAGUUAUGGUUUCGGGCCUGUAAGGGUGGGAGGCCUGGGGCCAGGGCCUCCCCCUUGAUGGAACCACAUGGAGCAGUGGCGUCUGCUACAGGAACACUGUCAGCUCUGGCUGUGGAGAAGCUGGGCACCACAGCUGGCCUCCCAGGACUGCUCGGAUGGCGUUCGGGUGGACAGGAUGGAGGGCACUUGGCACCUGACCUCGCACCUUAUUUGUGAAGAUUUUCUUCUUUCACAAAGAAGAGAAAUGGAAAUGACUUCUUUCUUAACAUCUGCAGAGGAGGAGGAGCUAGGAUGUUUGAAACUUUGCAAAAAAAAAAAAUUCUAGACAAGGAAAGUGUUACUAGAACUCCAGCGAGAAGUCACUGAGUGGCCCUGAGCAGCCUUGAGAAGAGGUGAGAGGCUUCUGGAAAAACCACCUCUGCCUCUGCACACACAUCACUGGCUGUGGCCCCCCAGGCCAGCCCUUCCCUUCUGGGGAAGGAGGCAGGCAGGGCAGCCAGGCCCCCAGCUGCCAGCCAGCCGCAGGCUUUCCAGAACAGGGAGUCUGCAGGGAGGGCAGCCAGGUGCAGCUCUGCGGCAUCAGGCUGCGGGUACUGGAGCAGGCUGACUUAAUGUGCCUGCCGGUGGGACCUUACACUCCGAUAAAUGCCACACAUUAACACAGUAACACCUGUCCCGGGACCGUGGGGAUUUAGGGCAGUCACUGCAGACUUGCUCUGCACCAUUCGCUGACAGUCGGUCAUGCACCCGUCACAUCAGCUGUGUCCUUGUGUUUGUAUCAGGUGUUCCCGAUAGUAGGGAGGACCACCCGAGCUAAUCAGGGAAUGUCUGCUCCCAGCAAACACGAUAAAGAAAGACUGUGCACUUUAACCUCUCUUAUCAGGGCCCACGGGCUGGCUGGGGUUGUUUUUUAUUCCACUGACUUUGUUUCUGACCAAAGUGAAUCGGGGGCAUUCUGCUAGAAGGCAUCCCUGUAGGUGUAGGGAAGAGUUGCUUGCUGAGGGCUUCUCUUGGCUUCCAGAAGGCAGCCUUUCAUCCAGACAAGCUGAAAGCUCUGCCAUGGGGGUCUUGGAGGUGAUCAGUCAGCUCGCUGAUCCUCAAUCAAAAGAUCACUCUUCUUGUUUAAUUGAACCCCAAAGAGCACUGGCCUGGGAAUCAGAGAGACCUGGGUUCAAGUCCUGCUGACUCCUUCCAUGACCUUGGGCAAGUCACUAGUGGAUCUCUGAGCCUCGGUUUCCCCUAAAAACUUGGGAUUGAAAUAACACCCAUCCUGCCUACCUCACAGGGUCACUCUAAGGAUCAAAACUUGAUCUCAUCCAGGAAAGCUUCAUACCAAACAGUGAAGCGGCUCUGACCCGUGAAGUAUCAGGAUGACCAUGACCUUCAGCCCUCAUGACAACCAGGGCUGUGGCCCAGAGAAGCUCCCAGCACAGCCCUCUACCCGGAUCAGCCCUGCUGGAGAGAGGCUCCCCACCGAUGACUUUUGUGACAUUCCUAGACAGGUUCAUUCUUUGCUAAAGAAAGGCCUGAAUGACACCGUCCAGGACAUCUGCACAACUGAGCAGUUGCUCACUCCCUAAAGAAACCUAAUGGCAGCUUCAACAGGCAGGCAAUAAUCUCUUCCCAGACCACUGAAGUCAGGAAUAUACUGCUGUCACCACCAGACUUUGACAAAGGGCCCAUGGGAAUCCUACCAUCACCAACAUUUCAAAACACUAUUUCACGUAGCAUAGAUUUCCCCUCCCCACCCCCAAAGAGAGGUUAUGGAGGUACUAUAGCUUUUAGGGAAAAACAAAUGUUAACACAUCACAGGUCAAGUUGAAGUCAUUGUCUGUUUAGACACUAAAAAUUGAUGUUGUCACUCACUGUGUAUUAUCAGUAUUUACUUGCUUUCUUGAUUUCACCAAAACCAGAUUUAAUUUAAAGGACCACAUUAAUUUUUCAAAGGGAAAGAGACAAUUCCUUGUACAUAAUGUAUACACACACAAAAAAAAUACCUGUAGAAAUAUUAUUCCAGCAUAGCAGGACACAAAAAGAAACAAAAGUACUGGACAGUCAGAGGUGAGUGUGUGCGUCCGUGACCUGUUGUGACCCCUGAACGUGCACAGUCUUCUAGGUUAACCCACAAAGUACAUUCUCUGUCUUAAUGAUACUGUAGGCUCACCCAUUUUUUAAAAAUUUCCCCGCAAAUAACAAGACCCACAGAAGUGAAUCUAGCUAUUUAACAGUUCUGUUCUUUUAUAUGCAGCAAACACACCGUACAUUUCCGAAGAGGCUUCAGCCUGAAGGCAUUUUCCAAUGAUGUUAGUGCACAAAUGCUUUAAAUUAGACUGGAACUGCCAGAAUCAAAUGUAAAUGAGGAAUUUCUCUACCCCUAUUGCAUGGUAUCAAUUUUUAAUAAAUUGUUGCAAAUUUGUUUUUAUGAAUAAAAGGAAACAAACUGUCAUCUUUAAUGCUUGCUCUUCCCAAAAUGCAUGUCAGGGCAAGCCAUAUUCCUCUGCUUGGAAACUCAGGGGCCAAUUUGUGGGGUUGCCUGCUCAGCAAUGGCCCUUCCUUCUGAAGCUGUCCUUCCCUGCCUUCUGCAGACAGGAAGAGAGCAGCCCUGUUCCCAUGUAACCCCAGCUUCUGGCCACAGGUAAUGGCUCCAAGGGCGGAAACUCGACCUGAACUGGGCAAGUCCCUUCCUGAGGAUUCCUCCACGUAAAGAAAUUUAGUCAGCCACGAAAGAGAAAAUAAAACCAAUGUGGAGAGAGAAGAAAAAUCUAGAGAUGGGUCCUGAUAGUCUCUGAGUACCUGGUCAGCUGUUCCUGAAGGCCAGCAGACCAUGAUCAUUCUCGUGUUAUAUUCAGGCCUUCCUCAGAUUCUCUUCUCCCAGUAAAUCCCCUUUUUUGCCUAGAUUAGUUCAAGUUCAGCUUCCAUCAGUUGCAAUGAAAAGGUCCCUGACUAAUCUAGAAGCCUCCCUGACUCCCCAGGCUGACUCCCCAUCCAGGCCAUGACAGCCUGUGAUUUGGCCUGACUUUCCUUCCCAGCCUCAUCACCUGCCUUCCCCUGGACCCUGUAGUCUGCACUUCCUCUACCAUGCUGGAACCCGCAGCCUGCAGCUCCACCCCAAAUCCUCGGCAUCCUUCAAGAUCCCAUCCAAAACACCCUCCUACAUCCCUCAACAUGAAACUCUCUCUCCCUAUUUUCUGUGCUGAGGACUUUGUCCCUCUCUCAGGGUACUGGGUACAUGCUCACACCAGCCCAUCCUCCCCACCCCCAACCCUGAGCUCCCUGAGGAUGGGAGUCACAUCUGCCUCCUUGAUGUCUGCCACAGCAUCAGGCACCCCCGACUGUCCCACAACAGUCCUCAGUGAGGCUUUGCGAAACUGCACAUUUUAGCUCAGGCACUGUCAUACUGGUUGCUGGCCUGGAAGACGGAGCAAGGGCAAGUGGGCCCAUGCCGUCUGGGGCAGCCUGCUGCCACAUGACUGGGUGUGCACCCCAGAAGCAGAGGGAAUGGACCCACGGACUUCACGGAAAGGUCAGGCAGGUUGGCGUUUUCCAGUGCCCGGGACCCUCAGUGGUGAGCCUGCAAAGCAGCAGCCAGCUGAGUCCUGGCCCAGAGGGAGCCCUGCUCCAGGACAUCUAGGCUACAUACAGGAAACGUUUUAUCCCAUAAAGCCAGAAAUAUCAAAGAUCCUGAAUGCAAAAGUAGAAAUACUAGGAAGGUCGACUGGAUCACAAAACGAAGUCCAUGCUCAAAGCUUUGGAGUGGAGUGAAACUGGAGAGGCUGCCAGCCUGCAGGCUCAGGGGGUGUUGAAGAGCUAUUAGCUCAGCCAUCUUUGCUCUUGAGGUUGAGGCCACUUCCUGGGCUGGGGCCACCACGCCUGUAACUGGACAAUUCCGGCACUUGUGAGGAGUCAGGGCUCUGUGCCAAGACACUGAUUUCCCUCCAUCUGAAUUCCAGGGCAAAAGACCCAGGACAGUGUUUCUCAAACUUGAAAACCAUAGGGACAUAUUUUAAGAUACAGCAUUGACUUAAAUGAUUUUUAUAAAGAAAGUUACCUAAAUAUGUUCAAACUAGACAUAAACUCAUGCUUAUAUCCUUCAUAUAUAAUCAAAACAAAUGUAUAAAUUAAAUGCAAAUGAAAUGACCAAUAAAAAUCAUACUAACAACACUGAUUUAAUGGGAUAGAUGCAAUUCUGCUGAAAAAUAAAUUGCAGAUCGCAACAUGAGCUCAACACCAAGUGCUCUCGGGCACAUUCCUUUGCGUUCAGCCUGCCUGAUGUGAUGACUCAAUUAUCAGACUGCUUUUCUUUAUUUAAACUACUAUGAAGACUUCAUUUAUUCAACAUGCUGUGAUAUCAUUUGGCCUCACUCAGCUCUAACACAUCACUUGUCUAUUAAAUCCACCUUUGUUUUAUUC